CUUAUUCUUGUUUUCCUUUUGUAAUGAGACAGAAGCUCCACGGGCCGGAACGGAAACCUUUCCUCCUGUCCAGGCAGGGCCCCUAGGAGAACGGCUGAGGGCCUGUAUGCGGGUUGAGAGCACCCGGAGACGAGGGCCAGUGCGGCGGGGUGCAGCCCGGGACCGCUCCUCUAUUCUCUGCCCCUAUUCAGCGGUCUGGGCCUGGCGACGACUUUCGCAAACUAACCACCAGGAGGAGUGAGUGGGAAGGGGAGGGGUUUGUCCUCGGCCCGGGAGGGUAGGGUGUUGGCUGGAGAGUUUGUGAAAAGUUGUGAGCCGAGCAGGAGGAGGAAGUGAGGAGAGAGGAGUUGGCUGUGCCGGGGCCAAGGACCGAGAGGGCUCAGGUGACCGCUGGAAAGCCCAGGUGACCCCUGGAAAGCCCGGGUGACUGGAAAGGAGCCCAGCGCCUGCAUGAAAGGAAGGACCUGCUGGAAAGUACCUGAGCUCGAGCUGUGGGUUCCGCCGCCCUCCCCCUGCGUGGAGGCUGGGUGGCGGCGUCUGCGCCCCAGCCCUGAACCGGAUGGCGGUGAGGUGGACUUGGGCAGGCAAGAGUUGCCUGCUGCUGGCGUUUUUAACAGUGGCCUAUAUCUUCGUGGAGCUCUUGGUCUCCAAUUUCCAUGCCUCCACAGGAGCCGGCCAUGCCAGGGAGCUGGGGUCCAGAAGGCUCUCAGACUUACAGAAAAAUACAGAGGAUUUGUCUCAACCGCUUUAUGAGAAGCCCCCUGCAGAUUCCCAUGCACUUGGGGAGUGGGGGAAAGCCAGCAAACUCCGUCUCAACGAGGGUGAACUGAAGCAGCAAGAAGAACUCAUUGAGAGAUAUGCCAUCAAUAUUUACCUCAGUGACAGGAUUUCCCUGCAUCGACACAUAGAGGAUAAAAGAAUGUAUGAGUGUAAGUCCAAGAAGUUCAACUAUAGGACACUUCCUACCACAUCUGUUAUCAUUGCUUUCUAUAAUGAAGCCUGGUCGACUUUGCUCCGUACCAUUCACAGUGUUUUAGAAACUUCUCCUGCAGUGCUUUUGAAAGAGAUCAUCUUGGUGGAUGACUUGAGUGACAGAGUUUAUUUGAAGACACAACUUGAAACUUAUAUCAGCAAUCUUGACCGCGUACGCUUGAUUAGGACCAAUAAGCGUGAGGGGCUGGUUAGGGCCCGUCUGAUUGGGGCCACUUUCGCCACUGGGGAUGUCCUCACUUUCUUGGAUUGUCACUGUGAGUGUAAUUCCGGUUGGCUGGAACCGCUUCUGGAAAGGAUUGGGAGAGAUGAAACAGCAAUUGUGUGUCCUGUUAUAGACACCAUUGAUUGGAAUACUUUUGAAUUCUAUAUGCAGACAGGAGAGCCCAUGAUUGGUGGAUUUGACUGGCGUUUAACGUUUCAGUGGCAUUCUGUCCCCAAACAUGAAAGGGACAGGCGGAUAUCAAGAAUUGAUCCCAUCAGAUCACCCACCAUGGCUGGAGGACUGUUUGCUGUCAGCAAGAAAUAUUUUCAGUACCUUGGAACAUAUGACACCGGAAUGGAAGUGUGGGGAGGUGAAAACCUUGAGCUGUCUUUUAGGGUGUGGCAGUGUGGUGGCAAAUUGGAGAUCCACCCGUGUUCCCACGUGGGCCAUGUGUUCCCCAAGCGGGCACCAUAUGCUCGCCCCAAUUUCCUACAGAAUACUGCUCGGGCAGCAGAAGUUUGGAUGGAUGAGUACAAAGAGCACUUCUACAAUAGAAACCCUCCAGCAAGAAAAGAAGCUUAUGGUGAUAUUUCUGAAAGAAAGUUACUACGAGAGCGGCUGAAAUGCAAGAGUUUUGACUGGUAUUUGAAAAACGUGUUUCCUAAUUUACAUGUUCCAGAGGAUAGGCCAGGCUGGCAUGGGGCUAUUCGCAGUAGAGGGAUCUCGUCUGAAUGUUUAGAUUAUAAUUCUCCUGACAACAACCCCACGGGUGCUAACCUUUCACUGUUUGGAUGCCAUGGUCAAGGAGGCAAUCAAUUCUUUGAAUAUACUUCAAAGAAAGAAAUAAGGUUUAAUUCUGUGACAGAGUUAUGUGCAGAGGUUCCUGAGCAAAAAAAUUAUGUAGGAAUGCAAAAUUGUCCCAAAGAUGGAUUCCCUGCACCAGUAAAUAUUAUUUGGCAUUUUAAAGACGAUGGAACCAUUUUUCACCCGCACUCAGGACUGUGUCUUAGUGCUUACCGGACACCAGAGGGCCGACCUGAUGUACAAAUGAAAACUUGUGAUGCUCUAGAUAAAUAUCAAAUUUGGAGUUUUGAAAAAUAGAGUACAACAGCACUUUCGUCGUGAGCUGACAAUAGCUUAAAGGAAGUCAAAGCGCCAUAAGAGCCUCAGUGAAGAUUGUAUUUUAUUUUAUCAAAAGCCACCCAGCAGUCCUCUGGAGCACUGGAAAGCUGGGGUUCAUUUUGGUAUAUCACACUGAAACUGGGUGUCCAGAGUGCUGUUGUUUAAUAUUUCACAGUGCCUUACUUAUGGGUUGUUUUAUUUAAGAGCUUUGUCAAUACGGUCUCUUCUUAAAAGAGUUGACUGUGAAUUGAAACACACAAAACAUUUAAGUGCCAGACUUAAUAUCAAAGAAUGUGAAAGUCCAAGAAAUAUGAGGUAUGCUUUAUGUUGUUGAGUAAGUUCACUGCACAUCCCAUUUUUUAACAAAACUCAUGAAUGUGCAUUUGAGUUAUUGCUAUUUCGAUUACAUAGAAUUUGAAUUUCUUUUUUAGCCAGCACAUUAAAUUUUAGAUUUUAUUUGUUAAUCUAAUUUUUUCUAAUCAAAAAGAAAUUAAAGAAAGUUGAUCUUAAGGCAGAAGGCCUGGUUUUAGAUACAUGUGUAAUUGGAAGAGGGAAUUUGUUUGAGUGUGAGUUUGGAGGUCUUUUUAACAUGUAGACAUACCCAUAUCUAAAUGGAAUGGGGAGAUGUUUACAUUCCAUGCUUUGUAAACUUGAGCUAUUGGACUUCACUGAUCUAUAAUAUAUUGAUACCUCAGAUUCCUCUGAUUUUGUAAGCUGUCCUCUCUGUGAACUUGUCUGUGUGUGUAGGGUAUUUUCUGAAUUCACUUCCUUAAGUUAUAAAUGUACUAGAAAGGGACUCUUUCAGAAUACUCUGCCUCCCUUUGUUAAUGCUUAAUCAUUUAAAGUAAACAACAAUUUAGGCUUCUCUGAAGUUAAACCCAACUAUGUUUAUUGAAAUGUAUGAAACUAAAAGUGGGCUAAGUUCUACCAAGGCUGUGGAACUCUCCUACGAGUUCUGGUGAUCAGGAAAUUUAAGAAUUUAUCUUGAAAAUGCAAGGAAGAAAGACUGCCUUGGCAAUUGUGAAUGCUGCUUUCCAUCUCCUAACAUCCAGCCUGGCACUUAGGCACCUUUCAGUAAGUGGGUGAAUGAAUGAUUGAAUUAAUGAAUGGCUCAGCUGAGGAAUGUGACUUUGGUCAAGUUAUUUGAUGUGUUUGGGCUUGGUUUUCUCAUCUAUAAAAUGUGCGUACUGGAUUAGACAUUAAAGAUCCCUUCCAGCUCUGAAAUGUUGAUUAUACAGUAUACUCUUUCCAGAUUUACUCACUGUGAAAUCUUUACAAUACUUUUUAUCUUUUCACUUUUGACAUAGGUAAUGUUGUUGAGCAGUUGAGCAAUGUUCAAUCCAGUUGUGAAGCUGGAAAAGAGAAAUGGGUUUUAAAAAUUAAGUGAGCUGAACUCACCUGAAAUGGUUUAUUUCUGUGGGUAAGAAGUUUUAGUCAGUGUUUAUAGUCAUUUCAUUUUGAUAAUUGUUGGACCAAUUUUGUUUUUAAAACCUUUAGACUCUAAAAGUAAUAUUUUCACUAAGAAUAUAAAUAUUUCCAAAACUAAAUUAUUUGGGAAGUAAAUGCUUUUUUAAAAAAGUAUUUUUACUGGUUUUAUGCCAGUAUUAUGUCCAGAAAUCACGGAAUGAAUUUAGAAUUAAAUUUCAAUUACCUUACUUUGGCCUAGAUUUAUGAAAAAUGCAUGUUUCAUAAAGAGUUUACCAUAUUCAGGAGUAAAGUUGUUUUUAGUGUUUACUUGAUGACUUGGAAGGUAGGAAUUUUGCAAAAAUGUGAAUUUAAGGAAAUUCUUUAGGAUAACCAUUUCAAAAAAUAAAAUUGUUAUGCAAUCUGGAAUAUUUUCUUUUUGCCUCUUAAAAUGAAAAUGCAUUCAUAGUUUCUGUAAGUUAUUUAGCAACCUUAAAGUUUAUCAAAGAAUUGUCCCAAUUUCACGUGCAGUAUGCUUGAUCCUGCAUUUAAUUUAAGAAAGAUUAAUAGUAAUUCUCUGAAUUUUUCAAAAAGGGAUUCUCCUAAACCCACCCACUUCUCUUGCCUAGGCUGCUUUUUAAAAAUAUUUUCUAUUUUUUACUUAUUUUUAAAUUUUAUCUUUUUAUUUAUUGUUUGUUUUCUUGUUAGCCCCUUAUCAUAUUGGAGAACUAAAAUUGUUAUAUUUUGGAGUACUUAUUACAUUAUUUUUAUUUUAGUAUCUUGAUGCUCCUAUCAAAAGGGAAAUGAGGCUUUUAAAAGUAAUUCUUUAUUUACCUUUUGCCUUAAAUUGCUAGAUGUGACCCAGCUAGGAAGAGAUUUUAAGGUGGUGCUUUAUUUAUAUCAAUAAUUCAUUAUAGUUAGGCUGUUCAUUCCUCAUAAUAGAGUACAUAACAGAAAAAUGGGACUUUCACAUUUUAAUAUUUAGGCAUGCUCCAAUUUAAUUCCCAAAAUACUCUGUAAUUUUACAUUUUAAAAAAUUGAAUUUAGUAGCACCAAAGUUCUCUUUUGCUGUAGAUAAUUAAGAGUUGACUUUAUAGGUUAAUGUAUAUGCUUAAAAACAUGUUUAGGAAAAUAUUUGGUGGACAGGAAGUUUCAACUUUAAAUGUUCACUAUGUCAUUUAGUAUCCUAUCUAAAUAGGCAUUUUUAGUCAUCAUUAAAAAAAAUCUAGUCACCAGGAUGAUCUCUAUAACUCAAAAUAACUUGUUUGUAAAAGAAAAUUUGUUUACUUACCCAUUAGUAAUCUCCUGCGUAUUCAUUAUAUGAUGGCAAAUCAAACUUUUCUAUGAUAAAGACAGGUUAUUUUUAAGUUGUAUAGUCUUAAUUGGUUUAAAGUCUCAAUUUUAAUUCAUAAAAUACUUGGUUUUUAUUUACUUGUCCUUUUGAAUUCCUGUUUUGAUAAUAUUUUUAAAUGAGCAUAAAGAAUGUUGAAGUUCAGAUUAAUCUCCUUUGAAUGAUGAUUUUUCCUCUGUGAUAAGUGGUUUCUGUCUUUUUUCCUUUUGUAUUUGUAAUGUUGAUUAAGACAUAAAAUAAAAAGUGUGCCUAAUUA